AUGGUUGACCUGCAACCAAGUGCAAAGUCGAUACUGCUCCCCUCCUUGGGUGGCUCUCAAAAAACUGCAGUGAGUUUACAUCAAGCAAAGGGUGCAAUUCCAUCACAUAAUUUGAAAUCAACAAUAGUUGCUUGUUCUGGAACUCCAUAUGUGUUCUUAUAUGGAGGGUUUGAUGAAAACGAUGCAUUGGACAGUAAUGUGUAUUUGCUAAACACUGAUAGCAUGGAGUGGGAAAUUGAUAGUAAAUUGGAUGGAUUAUACAGGGAAGGUCAUCUGGCUGUUUAUCUCAAUAACGGUAAUAUCUUGAUAUUUGGCGGGUUACCUUUUGAUGACGAGAUUACACUCUCUGGCACUGUCAGUGGCGUUACAUCGGAUGGAGAAAUGCGAAAAGAUAGCUUGAUGAUGAUUUACAACAUUUUUGACAAGAAAUGGAUUGGGCCGCCAGAUUUUGCAUUAACAAAUGCUCCUAGUUCAAGAGCAAGACAUGCUUGUUGUUUAACUCCUGAUGGUACAAAGUUCUUUGUCAGUGGUGGGUUGGUGAAAACCUCUGUGCUAAGUGAUUUGUAUUGUUAUGAUUUAGCAUCUGGAACCUGGAGUGGUCCUUUUGAAUUUGAGCCAAGAUUCGAUCAUACCAUUAUUUAUCAUAAUGAUCGCAUUUAUUGCUUUGGUGGUUUGAACGGGGACAUGAAUCAUGUCAAGACUGUUACAUUUUAUUCCUUGAAAACCCAAUCUAAAUGUGAAGUUUCUGUAUCGAGUUUAACUACUGCAAACUUUUCAUCAUUAAGCUAUGACUUGUUUAUUUUGGAAAAUGGAAAAGAUUCCGAGACGUGUUUAUUUGUCAAUCUUCCAGCGUGGAAUACAGCUGGUGGAGUGGACAUUGCUAGUUUGAAUUUGACAGACUUUGAAGUGCAAGUCUUGUUUGAACAGUUGGACUUUCUGAAAUUUGUCAAAAAGGUAGAGCGAAAUGGUAGGUACCUUUGGAACUGUGCAUUUAUGAACCAUAAUGGGACCCUCUAUUUGUUGGGCAAUAAAAAAAGACAAUUUUCUCACUUCCUUGGGGGUCCUUUGGCGUCCAAUGGUUUGGAGAAUGAAGAUGAGGCGGUCCGUGAGAAUGAUUGGAUUGAAGAAGAGCAAGAUUCGGUGGUUCUGGGUGGUAAAUUGACGCAUGUGUUGGAAGUUGACAUGGGACUGUUUGGGUUUUCAAGUCACCAAAGCAGUAACUUGACAUCAGAUCUCGAAAGGCUUUUUGAAUCACAUUUAUUUGCUGAUUUUGAAAUCACAUCAUUAGGUGAAGAAAAUGAUAAACGCAACUUUGAAAACCAAGUUGCUUACAACACUAAAUCGUUGUCUGUACACAAAUCCAUCUUGAGUGCUAGGUGGCCGCAUUUCUACCGAAUGAUAUCAGCAGGAAUGAAUGAAACUUUAGAAAGCAAAGUUUUCAUUCCAGAACCAUUCUACAGAGUUAAAGCGAUGGUCUACUAUUUAUAUGUCGGAAAGCUUGAGCCAGAUGAGCAAUUGAAAAUACAUGACUAUUCUGCAUUGGUAGUUUUGGCUAAUAUGUAUGAAUUGUCUGAAUUUAGAAACAUGGUAUUACUGAGAUUGGUCUCGUUAUUCGAGCAGUAUAAAAAUUGGUUCAAGAACGAUGAAGACUCAAUUUCGGAGUUGUUACGGAUUUGGAAAGAUCUUUCCAUAUCAAAUGAGCAAGUUUUGUUGUCAAAAGUGAUAUCGUUUAUUAAAGAAAAGUGGGGGAUUAUCACCAGAUCCAAAUCGUUUAUUCUACUUAGCAAGGACGAUAUUGUAAAAUUGUGUCAGGAUUGCACAGACGACGACAAUGUUGCGUCUCAGCUGAACACAGCUGCCAUUAAAAGUCCUAGUCGAAUCUCCUUGCACUCAACCGAAACAACAUCACCAGAUACGCCAGGAAGAAGAACGAAUUCUCCUUUUGUGAUUGAUUCCCCUGCUGCGCAGACUCAUUUUCAAUACAGCGGUUCAAUAUUUUAG